AUGGUGGCGAAGAAGGCAGCUAACAGCGGGCAGAAAGAGGCGAGCCGUGCAUCGCUGCCAAAGUUGCAGAAGUCUGCCUCUGCUCCAGUUGCCAGGACUGCAACUUGCCCAAACAGCCAGUCGCUGCCACGGCUGCUGGGUGCACAAAGGGAGCCUCCACGAGAGCCUGCCAAGCCGGAGGCACCAGAGGCAUCGGAGGUAGUAGAGGCCUCCACGAGCCGUGAGUUGCGGCGAGAACUGCUGGAGGUGCUUUCAAAUCCCAAUAUCCGCAGCAUUGCGACCAAGUACUACCAAGCUCAGCUUCCAAAGAAGAGCCGCCUGGGUUUUCGCGACCUGCGGCAGGUGCUCAAGGCGCUGAAUGAACACUUGGGGCUUCCGCUGCCCACGGCAGCGGCUGCAGAACAGCUGUUCAAGCGCUACGACUUCAAUGGUGAUGGCGACUUGAGCUUUGAGGAGUUCUUCGAACUCUUUGUGACUUCCUUGCGACGGGCCGCCUUUGAUCGGUCGGUGCUCUUGGGGCGAGAGAUCUUUGUAACCCAGGAGCCUGGCAAGGUUUGGGAGAUCUACCAUCGUGUCAAGACGUUGGGCGAAGGCUCCUUUGGAACGGCCCACUUGGCCAAGCACAAGAGGACCAAGGAGGAUCGUGUGGUCAAGACUGUAGAGAAAUCCAAGGCCAAGCUGCCGAUCGAAGACAUCGAGAAGGAGAUCAUGGUGCUUCGACAGGUGGAUCACCCUCACAUCAUUCGCCUCCAUGAGUGGUAUGAAGGGUCAUCCAAGAUCUAUUUGGUCAUGGAUGCAAUCAAGGGCGGCACCCUGCGGGAUGCCCUCCUGGGAUUUCAGUCCCGUGGGGAAGCCGUGGAGGAGUCCUGGAGUCGGCAAGUGCUGCAGCAGAUGCUCCAGGCCAUGGCAUAUUGCCACAACAAGCGCAUCAUCCACAAGGAUUUGAAGGAUGAGAACGUCAUGCUGCUCAAGGGGGAGAGUGCGGAGCCUUUCGUCGUGAUCAUCGACCUGGGCGUCUCCGAGAUGUUUUCGCCCACGGAUCCCCAUGGCAAGUUGAUCGGCGGCACGCCUAUGACCAUGGCUCCUGAGGUCUGGGACAACAACUUCGGCUCGAAGUGCGAUGUGUGGUCUGCAGGCUGCAUCCUGUUUGAAAUGCUCACUGGAAGCAUUCCGUUUGCCGUGAGGAGUAUGGUGGCCAAAGACUGGCAGACACUUCACCGGUUUGGGCCCGACUGGACGAAGGUGAAGACCUCCAAUCUGAGCCAAGAGAUGCUCACCUACUCCGACAAGCAGAGGCCGGCGAUGAUUCAAUGCCUACAGCACCAGUGGUUCUCCGUUGAUGCUGGAGAGCUCAAAGAUCCUUGGCUCAUUCGGAAGGCCUUGGAUGCGGAGGAACUGAAGCAACUGCAGGACUUCGCCAAGGAGACCGCCUUCCGCAGAGCCGUGAUCAUGGAGGUGGCUUCGAAACUCCCCAUUGAGCGGGCAGAGCGCAUCGCCAAGGCAUUCGAGCGGUUCGAUGAAGACCACAAUGGUGGCAUCUCCUUGGAGGAGCUGCAAAGACUUUUUGCCAAGAUGGGGCUCAAGGACAAAUCCUUGCAAACACGGGCCUUUCAAGCGCUUGACAUCAACGGAGAUGGUGAUUUGAGCUUCAGCGAGUUUGCAGCAGGAGUCCUGAGAGUCUUUACAGAGCUCUUGGAGGAGCGGUUUUUAGAACUCUUCCGAAGGUAUGACUUGGACUCUGAUGGCAUGUUGAGCCGGGCAGAGCUCGAGAAGUUUGUGGAGAAGGUUCUGCCUUUAGCCAACCGUUCUGUACAGCAGAGCCCGGAGGCGGCAAUCAGCCAGCUUUUCGGCGAUCAGGAGUCCAUCAGUUUCGAGGAGUUGAGAACACAGCUUCUCCCCGGCAAAAGGCUGAGGAGAUAA